AUGGCAACACCAGGCCAACAAAGCACAAAGGGCAUCAAAUUAGAAUAUAACAACUCAGCCAUCGAGAGCGAACCCUACUUCAACCUAGGCUCCUACUCCCGUCGUAUCACAACCAAAAAUACCUCCUCCCAGACCUGGUUUAACCGCGGCCUAAUCUGGUCCUACGCCUUCAACCACGAAGAAGCCAUAAAAUGUUUCCAGCGAGCCCUGAAAGACGACCCGGAAUGCGUCAUGGCUCUCUGGGGAAUAGCUUACGCCCUGGGACCCAACUACAACAAACCCUGGGAAGCCUUCGACGAGGAUGAGAAGAAGGCGAAUUUGGAGUGGGCAAGGGCGAGUCUGGAUGCAGCGAGGAACAGUGGCAAUGGUGGCGAAGGGGAGCAGGAUGCGACGCCUGUGGAGAGGGCGUUGAUCCGGGCUGUGAGGAUGCGAUAUCAGGAUGGAGAGGAUUUUGGGAGGCGGAAUGAGGAUUAUGCGGGUGCUAUGGCGGCGGUUCAUAGGGAGUUCGGGUAUGAUCUGGACGUGGCUGCACUGUAUGCGGAUUCGUUGAUGAACUUGACGCCGUGGGCUUUGUGGGAUCUGAGGAGUGGUCAGCCAGCGGAGGGAGCGAAGACUCUUGAGGUCAUGAAGGUGUUAGAUGAUGCCAUUGCUAUGCCGGGCGGGAAAGAUCAUCCUGGGAUAUUGCAUUUUUAUACGCACCUCAUGGAGAUGAGUCCACGGCCUGAAGAUGCAUUACCUGUGGCCGACCGAUUGAGAGGCCUAGUACCUGAUGCUGGACAUCUGCACCAUAUGCCAACGCACUUAGACGUCCUGUGUGGUGACUGGAAGCGCGCGAUCGUGUCCAACACCGAAGCGAUCGAGGCUGAUGAGCGGUGGGUGGCGAAGGCAGGGGCACUGAAUUUCUACUCGCUAUACCGCAGCCAUAACUACCACUUCAAGGUUUAUGCUGCCAUGUUCGCAGGGCAGAGUAGGAUCGCGCUAGAUACUGUAGAGCUGCUAGAGGCGUCGUUACCGGACGAGCUCCUUCGCAUUGAAUCACCGCCCAUGGCCGACUGGCUGGAAAGCUUCCUGACCAUGAGAGUGCAUGUCCUGGUUCGAUUUGGCCGGUGGGACGAGCUACUCGCCUUGAAACUGCCAGAGGAUCAGAAGCUGUACAGCGUUACAAAUGCUAUGCUACACUAUGGCAAAGGAGUGGCACAUGCUGCUGUCGGAAGCGUGAAAUGUGCGGCAGAAGAAUCAAUCGCAAUCGCAAAGGAGACAGUGCCGGCCAGUCGGACUCUGUUCAACAACACCGCGAAUGAUAUUCUGACAGUGGCAGCGGCAAUGCUGGACGGCGAGCUCAGCUACCGACAAGGUGAUAUCGACCACGGGUUUGAGUCGUUGCGGAAAGCUGUGGAGCUCAGUGAUAACAUGCCAUAUGAUGAGCCAUGGGGAUGGAUGCAGCCACCAAGGCAUGCGUUGGGUGCUCUUCUCCUGGAGCAAGGUCGGGUCGAUGAAGCGGCUGCGGUAUACAGGGCAGAUCUGGGCCUUGACGAUACGCUUCCUCGCGCAUUGAGACACCCGAAUAACGUGUGGGCGUUGCAUGGGUAUCAUGAGUGUCUGGUUGUGCAAGGCAAGAAGGAGGAAGCCGCAGACGUUGAGAAGCAACUCAGGACCUUGGAGACGGAAGCCGAUAUUGAGGUGAAGUCUUCGUGCUUUUGUCGAGGUGCAGCGAGGUGA